CUCUGACUCAUUCCAGGUAGCAGCUCACCUGGAUCUCAGUCUCCCAGAUUACACAUCAACCGUCUUCAUCACUUUGGGAAGUUUAAACAAAAUCAGCUUAUGUGAGCUGGAGUUAGCAGAGCAUCAUGCAUCAGUGUGAGGCCAGAGAGGACCAGGCCCCUCCCUUCAGCACCGCUCUGUGUGGAAAACCUGAGGACCAGAGCAAAGGUCAAAGGAUCCAACAGAACCUCAAUCCAGAAACAGAACCCAGACGUGUGUCCUUAAAGAGCGACUGGUCAAUGAGUAUUGGUUUUGAUUUUAAAUCUGACCAACCUUCAGCUGAAAAGAGCUGGGACCAGCAGAUUUCACCAGUUACAAGUUCUCCAACUGCCAAGCAGAAUCAAAACCAGCUGGAAUCAAUAUUUGUGCUGCUGGAGGGUAACAUCAUUGAGUUUGUGAAAAACGAGCUAAAGAAGAUCCAACAGGUUUUGAGUUCAUGUGACCUAGAAAGCACAGAGAGUCAAUGGGAGGAUGAGGAUGGGCUGGAAGCCGAAGAUAAAGAGCAAAGGAGGAGCAGCAGAGAAGCUUUUAUGGAAAUCACACAGAACUUCCUGAGGAUGAUGAAGCAGAAGGAGCUGGCUGAACGUCUGCAGAGAAAACAUUUUGCUUCAGUCUGUCAACAUAAAUUAAAGUCUGGUCUAAAGAAGAGGUUCCAGUGUGUAUUUGAGGGGAUCGCUAAAGCAGGAAACCCAUCUCUUCUGAACCAGAUCUACACAGAACUCUACAUCACAGAGGGAGGGGCUGGAGAGGUCAAUGAUGAACAUGAAGUCAGACAAAUUGAAACAUCAUCAAGGAAAUCCAGCAGACCAGAAACAACAAUCAGACAAGAAGACAUUUUAAGAUCACCACCAGGAAGAGAUCAACCAAUCAGAACAGUGAUGACGAAGGGAGUGGCUGGCAUUGGGAAAACAGUCUUAACACAGAAGUUUGCUCUGGACUGGGCUGAAGGCAAAGCCCACCAGAACAUCCAGUUCAUAUUUCCAUUCACCUUCAGAGAGCUGAAUGUGCUGAAAGAGACAAAGUUCAGUUUGGUGGAACUUGCUCAUCACUUCUUCACAGAAACCAAAGAAAUUAGCAGCUUUGAAGACUAUCAGGUUCUGUUCAUCUUUGAUGGUCUGGAUGAGAGUCGACUUCCUCUGGACUUCACCAACAAUGACGUCCUGACUGAUGUUACAGAGUCCACCUCAGUGGAUGUUCUGCUGACAAACCUCAUCGGGGGGAAACUGCUUCCCUCUGCUCUCCUCUGGAUAACCACACGACCUGCAGCAGCCAAUCAGAUCCCUCCUCAGUGUGUUGGCAUGGUGACAGAGGUCAGAGGGUUCAAUGACCCACAGAAGGAGGAGUACUUCAGGAAGAGAUUCAGAGACGAGGAGAAGGCCAGCAGGAUCAUCUCCCACAUCAAGACAUCUAGAAGUGUCCAGAUAAUGUGUCACAUCCCAGUGUUCUGCUGGAUCACUGCUACGGUUCUGGGGCAUCUGUUGAAGAUCCAAAAGCAAGGAGAGCUUCCCAACACCCUGACUGAGAUGUACACCCACUUCCUGGUGGUUCAGACCAAAGUAAAAAAGGUCAAAUACGAUGGAGGAUAUGAGACAGAUCCACACUGGACCACAGAGAGCAGGAAGAUGAUCAAGUCUCUGGGAAAACUGGCUUUUGAUCAGCUGCAGAAAGGAAACCUGAUCUUCUAUGAAUCAGACCUGACAGAGUGUGGCAUCGAUAUCACAGCAGCCUCAGUUUACUCAGGGGUGUUCACACAGAUCUUUAAAGAGGAGAGAGGGCUGUACCAGAACCAGGACAAGGUGUUCUGCUUUAACCAUGUAAGUGUUCAGGAGUUUCUGGCUGCUCUUCAUGUCCAUCUAACCUUCAUCAAGGAUGGAGUUAAUCUAAUGGAAGAACAAAAAAAGAGGAAUAGACAUUUGAAGAAACCAAAUCUAAACUAUGUCCAUCAGAGUGCUGUGGACAAGGCCUUACAGAGUCCAAAUGGACACCUGGACUUGUUCCUCCGCUUCCUCCUUGGUCUUUCCCUUCAGACCAAUCAGAUUCUCCUUCAAGGUCUGCUGACACAGAAAGGACAAAUCUCACAGACCAAUAAGGAAACAGUUCAGUACAUCAAGAAGAAGAUCAAUGAGAAUCUGUCUGCAGAGAAAAGCAUCAACCUGUUCCACUGUCUGAAUGAGCUUAAUGAUUGUUCUCUGGUCCAGGAGAUCCAACAGUCUCUGAGUUCAGGAAGUCUUUCCACAGAUAAACUGUCUCCUGCUCAGUGGUCAGCUCUGGCCUUCAUCUUACUAUCCUCUGGAGAAGAUCUAGAUGUGUUUGACCUGAGAAAAUACUCUGCUUCAGAGGAAAUUCUUCUCAGGCUGCUGCCAGUAGUCAAAGCUUCCAACAAAGUUAUACUGAAUGACUGUAACCUCUCAGAGAGAAGCUGUGAAGCUCUGGCCUCAGUUCUCAGCUCCCAGUCCUCUAAUCUGACAGAGAUGGACCUGAGUAACAACAACCUGCAGGAUUCUGGAGUGGAGCUGCUGUCGUCUGGACUGAAGAGUCCAAACUGCAAACUGGAAACUCUCCGACUGAACAACUGUAACCUCUCAGAGAGAAGCUGUGAAUUUCUGGUCCCAGUUCUUGACUCUGAGUCCGCUGUCCUGAGACAUUUGGACCUGAGUAACAACAAGCUGCAGGAUUCUGGAGUGUUGCUGCUGUCGUCUGGACUGAAGAGUCCAAACUGCAAACUGGAAACUCUGCGACUGAGCAAAUGUAACCUUUCAGAGAGAAGCUGUGAAUUCCUGGUCUCAGUUCUUGGCUCCCAAUUCUGUAAUCUGAGAACGAUGAGCCUGAGUAACAAUAAGCUGCAGGAUGGAGGAGUGGUGCUGCUUUCUUCUGGGCUGAACAACUCAAACUGCAAACUGGAAACUCUCAGGUUAAAUAAUUGUAAACUCACAGGGAGAAGCUGUGAAAUUCUGGCCUUGGUUCUCAGCUCCCAGUCGUCUAAUUUGAGAAAGAUGGACCUGAGUAACAACGAGCUGCAAGAUUCUGGAAUUGAGCUGCUGUCAUCUGGACUGAAAAGUCAAAAUUGCAAACUGAAAACUCUAAGAUUGAAUACAUCUGACCUCUCAGAGAGAAGCUGUGAAGUUCUGGCCUCAGUUCUCAGCUCCCAGAGCUCUAAUCUGAGAGAGAUGGAUCUGAGUAACAACCAGCUGCAGGAUUCUGGAGUGAAGCUGUUUUCUUCUGGACUAGAGAGCCCACACUGCAAACUGGAAACUCUCAGGUCUAAUUUGGAGCCUGAAGGAGUCCGAUGGGUGGAACCAGAUCUGAGGAAGUAUUCAUGUCAGCUCACCAUCGAUACAAACACAGUGAGCAGAAACCUGAAAGUGUCUGAAGGCAACAGGAAGGUGUCCUAUGCGGAGGAGCUUCAGUCAUAUCCUGAUCAUCCAGAUAGAUUUGAUAUCUGUCCUCAGCUGCUGUGUAGUGAUGGUCUGACUGGUUGCUUUUACUGGGAGGUUGAGUGGAGAGGAGAAGUUGAUAUAUCAGUGAGUUACAGAAGAAUCAGGAGGAAAGGAGACGGUGAUGACUGCUUGUUUGGAUGGAAUGAUCAUUCCUGGAGUCUGAGAUGCUCUGAUGGUCUUUACAAUGUCAGACACAACAGGAAGCAAGCCUCAUUCUCCCCUCCCUCCUCCUCCUCCUCCUCCUGGUAUUUCUCCUCCUCUGUCUGUAACAGAGUAGCAGUGUAUGUGGAUUAUCCUGCUGGCAUCCUGUCCUUCUACAGAGUCUCCUCUGACUCACUGAUCCACCUCUUCACCUUCAGCACCACCUUCACUGAACCUCUGUAUCCUGGAUUCUGGAUCAGUUCUGGUUCCUCAGUGCUCUUUCUGAAAUUCUCAGAAAAGUCUCCUCGUAAACUUCGUCCUCUUCCAGUCCUUUAACACCAAGACUCCCAGAAUUCUGAUCCUACUCGAACUCCCACUGGCCGUCAAUUUGACGGGUGACAUUUUUCCCAAUGGAACGCAUUAGUAGUGAUGA